AUACUAGUAUCCUCGUCAUUUCAUUCCGUAUCGCUACAUUCAACUUGCACCCUCGUAAUGCCUCACCUACUAAUGAUAUCUUGCAGUCAGAUACAUGAUUCACUCGUUACUACUUUGCGGACACUCAUUGGAUGCAGAUGUGUUGUCACUUAGGCUCACCGAGCGCUGGUUCACCAAAGUCGAAAUCAUCAAGGCUGAGCUUGAGGAAAAGCAGUUCAAGGUCAAACUUACUGUCAUAGACACCCCCGCGUUUGGUGACUAUGUCAACAACUGCGAUUCAACAAAGUCGAAAUCAUCAAGGGCUGAGCUUGAGGAAAAGCAGUUCAAGGUCAAACUUACUGUCAUAGACACCCCCGCGUUUG